AUAUGGUCUUAUAUAGAGAACUCGUCUUCUCCAGUUUUUAUUUGUCUCCGACUUGGAGAAAGUGAAGGAUCGAAGUGAAGUGGAAACUAGGGUUUUCCACAAUUCUCAAUUUUCUACUCUCGCAGGGAUCGAAGAAGUAUCUUUCUCUUCGUUUGAUCGAGUGUAUAGGAGGAAAAGGUAGAGAGACACAUGAUGGCCCUCAUUUCCCAGUCCAGUCCAUCAUACCACAUCUCCUCCAAGAUAGUGCAAUGUAAAUCUGAAUACAAUGUGGAAGAAAUCAAUUUCCUGAAGAGUAAAGCAUUCAGAAGGAAGGAAUGUUGGGAUAAUUACUCUUCAAUUCUCUGGAGUUCCAAGAGAACACCAGGGAUUUCACAUUUGGAUGGUGUAGGAUGCAAACGAGGGUGUAGAUUGAUAGUUGCUGCAAGCCCUCCUACUGAGGAUGCAGUUAUUGCUACAGAACCAUUGACAAAAGAGGAUCUUGUAAGAUAUCUUGCGUCCGGGUGCAAGCCAAAGGAAAUGUGGAGGAUUGGUACUGAACAUGAAAAGUUUGGUUUUGAGAUUGGAACUUUACAUCCUCUGAAUUAUGAGCAAAUAUCACACUUACUUAAUGGCCUUGCUGAGAGAUUUGAUUGGGAUAAAAUAAUGGAAGGAGACCACAUUAUUGGACUGAAACAGGGGAAACAAAAUAUAUCAUUAGAGCCUGGGGGCCAGUUUGAGCUCAGUGGUGCACCCGUUGAAACACUGCAUCAAACCUGUGCUGAGGUUAAUUCACACCUAUAUCAGGUCAAAGCUGUUGCUGAGGAGAUGAGAUUUGGCUUCUUAGGAAUUGGUUUUCAGCCCAAAUGGGGGCUUAAAGACAUACCAGUUAUGCCAAAGGCUAGAUAUGCGAUCAUGAGGAAAUACAUGCCCAAAGUUGGCUCUUUAGGGCUUGAUAUGAUGUUUAGGACAUGUACUGUUCAGGUUAAUUUGGACUUCAGUUCUGAACUAGACAUGGUCAGAAAAUUUCGUGCUGGUCUUGCUUUGCAGCCGAUUGCAACAGCACUUUUUGCAAAUUCACCUUUCACUGAAGGAAAGCCAAAUGGUUAUCUUAGCAUGAGAAGCCAUAUUUGGACUGACACGGAUAACAAUCGGUCUGGCAUGCUUCCUUUUGUUUUUGAUGAUUCCUUUGGGUUUGAGCAGUAUGUAGACUAUGCCCUUGAUGUUCCCAUGUAUUUUGUUUAUCGGAAUAAGAAGUAUAUUGACUGUAGUGGAAUGUCCUUCCAGGACUUCAUGUCAGGUAAACUUCCUGCUGCUCCAGGCGAGUUGCCAACACUUAAUGAUUGGGAGAAUCACCUAACAACAAUAUUUCCUGAGGUCAGGCUGAAGAGAUACAUGGAGAUGAGGGGUGCUGAUGGGGGUCCUUGGAGGAGGUUAUGUGCAUUGCCAGCAUUUUGGGUGGGAAUAUUAUAUGAUGAAGUUGCACUACAAAGUGUUCUUGAUAUGACUGCUGAUUGGACUGCAGAAGAAAGGCAGAUGCUGAGAAAUAAGGUACCAAAGACUGGUCUAAAAACACCAUUUCGAGAUGGUUUGGUAAGGCAUGUUGCAGAAGAAGUUGUAAAGUUGGCUAAGGAUGGAUUGGAAAGAAGAGGCUACAAGGAAACAGGGUUCUUGAAUGAAGUGGCUGAGGUGGUAAGGACAGGUAUAACACCAGCAGAGAAGCUUCUGGAUUUGUACCAUGGGAAGUGGGGGCAAUGGGUGGAUCCUGUUUUUGAGGAGCUGCUCUAUUGAGAUGAUCAUUUGAGAUUUUCUUGCACAUGGGUCGGUAAUAAUCUCCCUAAUUUGUAGAGAGUUAUAUAGACUUCAUAGCUGUGGUGAGUAAUCUUGGUUGCUUUUCCCCUAGGCUAUGAAGGAUGAUUGUUGUUAUAACAGUAUUAUUUCCCAGAAAUAAAUCUUGAUGUAUAUUU